AUGACAAAUGUAACAAAAUCUGAGAUUUCUCAGCAAUCAGCAAGCACAGAAAGAUACUAUUCUUUCUUUAAAGCGGACAUAGAUCAGCCCAAGGUAAGAGUUUUUAAAAAUGAUGAUAAUUCGAAUAUUCGAAUUGAGCAGCCAAAGAGGUCGAAGAUAAAUUUAGAAAUUCCAGAGGAACAAGUAGUAAUCCCCUCGAAUUUCAAUGGAUUUCCUACAGAAAUUAAUGAGUACGACAGUGAUCAUGUUUCAGAAGAAAAUGAAGUUCCAUUAGUAAUGGAAACCCAAGAUGCUGCUGAAGCCGACCUUAUUCCCAUGGCAGACUCCGAAAAUAUGAAAUCAUCUGUAGAAUUUUCCGAAACAAAAGAAGAAAUUAAAUUUACUUCUCUACCUUUGCGUGAUUCUGAUCAGUACCGUUAUAGCUUUGCGAUAGAUUCUGAGACUCACAUUGUUAUUUGUGAUAUAUCAACAAAAACUACAUUUAGCACUGGUGAGAAUGAUCCUGUUCAUGAAACACUUUCUACAGCGAAUGUUGGCCAAAAUGUAUGUUAUUUGUGCUCAAAUUCCACUGGAAAUUCGCUCACGUUUCCUGAUGGUCAAAAACAUAGCACUUUAAUACAAAAUCCAUUCAGCAUCAUGACGGAUCCACGAAAUCCUAACGUCCUUUUUGUUUUAGAUAUGGAAAAUACUUUAUUUGCAACAAAUUUCAAAAAAACCGUAAAAUUACAUCAAGGAGUACAAUCAUUCGAUGUUUCGAAGACCUACAUAAUGCUCAAACGCCAAAAUACCAUCCAGAUCUAUCUGAGGAACGAUUUUUCGCUCGAAAUUUUGGUUUUCGAGAUUCCUGCAGAAAAUGAUCAUUUCUAUGGUGUAAACAACAAGUAUUUAGUAGAUUAUUACGGUAACACUGUUUCUCUGAUUUAUAUUGAAAACAAAACGAAAGAAAAAGAAUUUUCCGAAAUCAAAGCAAUUACUAAGACAACAGACUUCGUUUUCUUAUCAGAACAUGCUAUACAUACUAUAGAUUACACGAUUCCUUUAGAAACGGCUGCAGAUGCUGUUUUUCUUCAUAAGGAAAAUUCAUUUGUUAUUUUAAGGUUUUCAGACGGAAAACCAGAUAUUUACGAAUACUCAUUAACUGACGAGUACAAGAAACAGAUAGAAAACCACAGAGAUACACUUUUGAAGAAAAUAAAUUUAAUUUCUGAAGAAGAUCGUUCGAAAAUGAAAGAAUUGAUAGCAAAUGUCGUUUCAAUAAACAACAAAUACCUCAAUUACCAUGCUCAAUUGCUCAAAUCCAUUCAAUCUCCCGAAGCUUUGAUUGAAAUUUACAAAAAAGAUCCAGUUUCAGCUUUUACGUAUUCCAUUGGACUCCCUCCUUUGUUCUUCUUACGCCUUGCUUCCGAUGGCCGGCUAUCUGCUGUCCUUGGCCAAGAUUUGAUAAAUUCAGAUCUUUCGUCACGACUAAUACCAAAUUUCACGUAUUGCUUGACAUACGGAGAUCGUAAUACCUUUGUUCCUUUGAUUUACAAAGCAAUUUUGCUGAUAAAUCCAUGUGAUAAACAAAAUUGCAAAAAAUUUUUGCCAAAUUUUCUUGAAGUCAUCUUAGAUAUCUACAAACAGGCAUCGCAGUCAUCACCUUACUUCAAAACACUGAGAUUAUUGUCACAUGUCGCCAUGUCACUAGAUUAUUAA